CACUUCUGCCUCCUUCCACCCUGUGCCCUGACUGUGAAGAAAAACCGCAGACAAGUCACGUGACUGGGAUAGUCCACGUGACGCCUACGUCACCAAACCUAGCAGGAGCAGCUCCAAUCUGAAGGCGACCGUCUUCUGAGUGCAUUUGGUGCCGGAGGCUGCCGUGUGUUGCACGGGAGUUCACUAUGAAUUAUGAAAAUCCUCCACCGUACACCGGGGUUAAUCCACCUGGACCUUACCCACCAUAUGGACCUCCUCAAGGCGCACCUUACCCACCAUAUGGGCAACCACAAGAUGGUUCAGCUCAGUAUCCUGGUUAUCCACCUGGUCCUGCAGGGUAUCAGCCAGGACAGCCCGGCUAUCAAGGAUAUCCUCAGUAUGGCUGGCAAGGCGGUCAACCUCCCGCACCAGCAUAUAUGGAAGCUCCAAAAAACACUGUGUACGUUGUAGAAGAGAGAAGAAGGGAUGAUUCUGGAGAAAGUGCCUGUUUAACAGCUUGUUGGACUGCCCUUUGUUGUUGCUGCCUUUGGGACAUGUUAACAUAAAAUUAUAUAAAUAUUUAGUAAAAGCCAGAACACAGAAUGCCUGUACUUUAUUGCAUCUAACAUCUUAUUUUUAUCUUAAAUUUUUUUAAUCAAUUAACAAGCAGGCAUUUAUUAUCCUAUUGAUUUUCAUGCAGUUAGGGUACAUUCACACGACUGUAUAAUUUUAUCAGCAUCCAUUCCGCAUUUUGCGGAAUAGAUGCAGAUCUAUUCAUUCCUAUGGGUGAAUAAAAUGUGUGGACAACGUUCAGUAUGUUGUCCG